AUGGUACUUGGAUUCAGCGAUGGUCGACAUACCAAGGUCAAUGUAGUAACUAUGAUAUCUGUGGGCCGUAUGGACUGUAAUUCGAAUGAUGUGUGUAGUUGUAUUGAGGGUUUCACACCCAAGCAUAAGACUCAAGGUUUUUGGUCAAGUGGGUGUGCUCGACGAAGACACCUGCAAUGCUCUGUCACCGGGGGCACCACCGACGGCUUUCUGGAAACCAGGAACCGAUCUUUAUCCGAAGAACGAGCUGUCUCAUGCAACGAGCCAACACCGCUAGGUUGCAGGACUGCUUGUCUCAACAAUUACUCGUGUACAGCCUUUUCUUUCGUUAGUUCCGAUCUACCAGCCUGUAGACUCUGGUUUGGGGAUUUAUUCAAAAUGCAGGUUUCACCUGACAACCAAUCCAUCUUCAUCAGGCUGGCUGCUUCUGAGCUGCCGUACUCGACAUCGGUGAGAAGCAGCGAAGCCCCUGUACUUCUUAAUUUACUUCCUUCUACCGUUGCUUUCUCUGUUGUUUUAGCUCUCCUACUGGCCGCAUUUUUUCUGUGGAAGCAUCGAAGACUACAGAAGAAAAGAGUAAAAGAGGAGGUGCCAAUCAUGCUCAAAACGUUCACUUACAAAGAGCUGCGAAUCGCAACCGAGAAUUUCAAGCAUAAGCUAGGUAGCGGAGCAUUCAGCUCUGUGUUCAAAGGAACUUUGCCAGACAGCACCCUUGUGGCCGUUAAAAGAUUAGAGGAUUGUGCGGGAGCAGAAAAGCAAUUCCGUGCGGAAAUAAACACCAUCGGGGUAAUACAGCAUGUGAAUUUGAUGAGGCUCUGCGGAUUCUGCGUUGAACGCUCUUGA